AUGCAGGAAGCCGGAGAGACCCUCUCCGGUGGAAGAAAUGGUAGCUUCUGCAGUCAGGAGCAUAGCGUACCAACUAGUCCUUUAGGAACAAGCAUUGCUUUCGACGCAGUCAGUGGCCUUGAAAACUUGCCUUCUUCCUCGGAAAGGCACGUGCUUGAUCUGCUUAACUCAUGCGCUGACAACCUACAAGAUAAUAACUCAUGGAACCACCCAGUAGUAUCAAAUAAUGGCAGCUUGGAGACUGGCUCCAAAGAAAAACAACAACUGACACCCCAAACUGAAGGACCUUCUGAUGCGGAAGAAGAAUCGGCGACACCAUUUGAUAAACGCCCAUCAUAUAUUCGCAUUGCUCGCCGACUGCAGCGCAUUCGUGUUCUCCCUGCCCUGAUCAGCUGCUUUUUUGCAUUACUAGUCACUUGUGCUGUAUGCGGUGCUGAAAUAGCAAUAAGCUCUGCGAAUCUCUCCUCUUCGAUUGCUUUUAUAUGUUGCUCAGUCGUUGGUUGCAUACUUGGCGCAUUAGCAGCAUGGAACAAAAGCCACGUUCUUCUUGUUGGCCUGGUGCUUUUAGAGGUACUCUAUGCUCUGUACUCAAUAGCCUUCGCCGCAGUUGGGCUCUCUAACGUGCGCCUACUACAAACAAGACAACAAAUUCUGCAACAGGACGGGACUAUGCAGCCGGAGCAGCGGGAAAACGCUUUAAAGAUUACCCGCCGUAUGUUAAUUGAGCAGGCUAUAUUUGCCGGGCUAUAUUUUUUUAUUGCAGCAGCCCACUGCUGCGCCGCAGCUUCAGCGAACCAUCUCCGUGCAACUGUGAGGCCAUUCGACAGCCGUCUACGAAGAAAACGGCAGAGGGCCAGGGCUAUGAGAAAGUUGAACUUGCGCCUACUCUCUGUAAAGGACGAUUCUGCGGCAAAUUCGUUGCUAGCGGCGGCAGCACAAAACCCCUCGAAAGACCUUCAGGACGCGAUUGAUUGUCAGACAAGCCAAAAUAACAAACUCGGUGAUGACGACUCUCAUCUUGUUGAUACUGUGCCACCUGAAGAGGAACUACUUGCAAAGAACUCUGCAAGCAUAAGCAUGGAAAACAGCUCCUUUGAUGAGACGGGCUCAUAUCGCCAGAAUGCAUGGAAAGCAGAAGAAAUCCCUCAUGCAGAUGUUUCCUAA